CCCCUCUUCCGCCAUAUUCGGUGCGGCCUUCGCGCUGCCUGGGCUCCGGGUUCAAGCCCAGGAGGUGUGUCUGGGGCGGUGGGAGGGAGUGGCCCCAGGGCGCUGGGAACCUGCCCGGAGGAAGCGGCGAGAUGCGUGAGUGAUGUGCGUGCAGACGGCAGUGAAGUGGAGCCCGGGCACUCGGGACGAGCGGGGGAGAUCGCCGGAAGGUAGCUGUUAGGAAGCAUGGAAUGGCAGCACAGGCAUGUGAAGAAUAAGCUACCUGGAGGUCAAACCCAAUGGCUUGAACCUUCUGUCUAGCACUGCAGAGCAGAGGAAGAAGCAUCGCAGAGAGGAGAUCCUGCCUUAGUAUGGCUAAGUAAUUAUUGCGGUGUCCGCCCAGCGUGAACAAGAUUUGGGCGAUGCUACCUCCUUCACAAGCUGUGAAAGAUUGUGGGAUAUUUGAAGUUUGGAUCAAGUUUCUGGAGGCCUGGGUUGAGAGGGCUACCCCCAGGUGUCCUCACCAGAUGGCAGCAUCCCCAGAGCGCAGACUCCAGUGAGAAAAGCGCUUUCCAUCCUAUACAUCAUCUGCUGACUUCCUUUCAGUUAAAGCAAGCCACAUGGCAACACCUGCUCAUUGCUGGAGGAGACGUCCCCAGGAAACGAAUCCAGGGCCACAAGUUUUGGGGAACCUGUACAAUGACAGCGUACCACCAAAAAUGUGCAUUAUGUGGGCCUUUUCUCUAAAAUCCGGGGCCACAGAGGUCUUGUAACUAAUGUGUGCGGUGCUUUGCACUCGAGCACCUUGGAGCAAGGCGCUCCGGUCCUUCGUGGCUCUGCUCCAUUUGCCUUUGCUCCCAGCUCAGCUUCCACAGUCCUCAGUGCUUCUAAGUCCAGGAGACAAUGACUAAGUCUGUGGGGAUGGUGACCUUUGAGGACGUGGCCGUGAGCUUCACCUGGGAGGAGUGGCAGGACCUGGACAGCGUUCAGAGGACCCUCUACAGGGAUGUGAUGCUGGAGACCUACGGGAGCCUGGUGUCCCUGGGGCACUGCAUUCCUAAGCCCGAGGUGAUUGCCAGGUUGGAGGAAGGAGCAGAGCCGUGGUCUGUGGAAGGACCCCCAAAGCAGAGGCUGUCAGAUGUCCACACUCUGGAUGACCAGACUGAGGCCAGCCAGGACGAUCAGGGCAGACACUUGUGGGAAGUUGUCACCAACAGCAAGACAUCAAGUAAGGGGAACACUGACUUAGGACAAACAUUUAAUUUGAGCACAGUUCAUAUUCCAGACCUGAUUAUAAAUAAUGGAAAUUGCUCAGGAAUGAUGCCUGGGGAUUUUAACGUACAUGAAGACAUGUUUCUCCCUGGUGAGCCUGAAGAGAGUCCGGAGAGCCGUAAUCCACCUGGGAAACCGCUCAGACGCCCUAAGCAUCCUGGGCUCCAUCAGGUGAUUCGACCUUUUCAGCAGCCUUUUGAGGUUAGUGGACAAGGGAAAGCCCUCAACAAGGAGGAGCUACUCUUUACACAUGGGAGGGCUCUCAUGGGAGAGACUGCCUGUGAAUACGACGACUCUGGGAGAACAUGUGAAGAGUCAACUCUCGUUGCCCAAGAUAUAACCCACCUGGGGGAGACUCAGUGCAGGUGUAACACAUGGGAGAAGACCUUUUUUGAGAAACCAACACAGUUGAAUCUCUGUAGAAUUUUUGAGGGUAAAUGUCCUAAAUGUAGCCAACAUGGGGAUUAUUUCAAUAAGAAAUUGCACCUCACUGAGCUUCGGGGCACUAGGUUAGGUAAGGAAAAUGCUGAAUGUGACAUAUGUGGUAAAACGUUCUAUGAGAUGUCUAGUCUUAGUAAACAUCAGAAAAUACACACAGGUGAGAAAGAGUAUAACUGUCAGAACGCCUUUGAGAACUCAACCCUCAAGGGACACGAGGAAACUCUUGCAGAAGAGAGACCCUAUGAAUGUAAAGAUUGUAGGAAAACUUUCAACUACAAGUCAGCCCUCACUAGACAUCAGAGAAGUCACACAGGAGAGAAACCCUAUGAGUGUAAAGAUUGUAGGAAAACAUUCUCCCAGAAGUCAAACCUCACUGCACACCAGCGAACUCACACAGGCGAGAAACCUUAUGAAUGUAAAGAUUGUAGAAAAACAUUCUCCCAGAAGUCAGGCCUCACUGCUCACCAGAGAAUUCACACAGGCGAGAAACCCUAUGAAUGUAAAGAGUGUAGGAAGUCUUUCUCCUGGAAGUCAGACCUCACUAAGCAUGAGAGAAUUCACACAGGUGAGAAACUCUAUGAAUGUAAAGAAUGUAGGAAAACGUUCUACAUGAAGUCAACUCUGACUAAACAUCAGAGCACUCACACAGGAGAGAAGCCCUAUGAAUGCAAAUUGUGUACAAAAACCUUCUCUUGGCUGUCAGCUCUCACAGAACAUCAAAGAAGUCACACAGGAGAGAAACCCUAUGAAUGUAAAGAGUGUAGGAAAACUUUCUCCCGGAAGGCAAAUCUCAUUGUACAUCAGAGAAGUCACAGCGGACAGAAACCCUACGCAUGUAAGGUGUGCAGGAAAACGUUCUGCUACAAGUCAUACCUCAGCAAACAUCAGCGAACUCACACAGGAGAGAAACCGUAUGAAUGUAAGUUAUGUUCGAAAACCUUCUCCUGGAUGUCAGCUCUUCGUCUGCAUCAGAUAACCCACACAGGAAAGAAACCAUUUGAAUGUAAAGAAUGUAGGAAGUUGUUCUCCCGAAAGUCAUUACUCACCGUCCAUCACAGAACUCACACAGGCGAGAGACCCUAUGAGUGUAAAGAAUGUGGAAAAACUUUCUCCUGGAAGUCAACUCUCACUGUACAUCAGAGAACUCACACAGGAGAGAAGCCCUAUGAAUGUAAAGAGUGUAGGAAGGCUUUCUCCUUGAAGUCCGCCCUCACUAUCCAUCAGAGAGGUCACACGGGAGAGAAGCCUUAUGAAUGUAAAGACUGUAGGAAAACGUUCUUCUAUAAGUCCUCCCUCUCUAAACACCAGAGAACCCACACAGGAGAGAAAGCCUAUCAACAUAAAAAAUGUAGGAUAAGCUUCAAGUAAGACAUCAGUGAGAGAAACCGCACAGGGCUGUAGAUCUUUAUCAUAGAGAUUUGCCAUUGUUUAUAGAAACUCAUUUUUCUGUUGAACAUCCUGCAUUUCGCAGCUUCCCUUAACUACGUGUGACCUUGUACUUGAACUCUGGCCGGGAAAAUAUGUACACAGGUGAACAGGACCACUUUUAAGCCAGGCCUCAGACAACCACCAAAGUCUGCAGGCAUGUCCUGUGACCCUGGAGUGCAAGGGACUCCCUGGUUUGCCUUGGAAGCCACAGGACGAAGGCAUCAUGACUUAAGACAGUUGGGGUUGUGGGGUGAUAGCAAUGUCUUCCAACAUUAUAGCAAAUGUUUCCAUUUCUGCUUCUCCUGAGAGAGAAAUAAAUACUUGCUUUGUUGAGCGCUUGCAUAUGUCAUCUCUGCAGCACUGGCGACCACAGUCACUGUCUAGGUGUGGGGCCGCCCUCCAUGAGACACUGCAGGCCAGGCGCAGGAAGCCAGCCUGGGAGAUACCAGGCGGUGGUGUCUUUCAUCCCGUGAUUUUUUUUUUUUUAAUGUACUUGCUAAUGGUACAUGGGUCCAGCUUUUAUGUUUUCUUGGAAAAUUCUUUUUUUUUUUUAAGAUUUAUUUAUGCAUACAAGAGCCGGGGCACCGGCCAGAGGUGUGGGGGGUGAGAGGAUCCACCAGAGACAGAGAUGGGAGCAGAACAGGCAGACCGACCAAAAUACACUGCUGAGGGGAGCACCGUGCGAGAUAGGAGAGGUCUGCCGCACCAUGUGGGUUGCUCCCUGGCUAGGGAUCGAACUCGUAUUGCAGAGGCCACAGACUGCUUCAUAGUGCGGUGCUCAACCCCUUGUGCCACCAGGGAGGCCCUCAUCCCUUGAUUUUAUGGGAGAAUCAGUCAAUAGGAAAAAACAGUUCAACAAAAGGAAAACGCUUUUGCUGGAUGGAGAGAGCUCUUUUAAAGACGAAGAGUAAAUUAAAACCUGACAUUUUGAAGAUGGCAAUGUUUUAAACAAUUCUAAACAGCUUUUUAGUUUCUCACCAGAAUCUGUAAUGUGGCUUAGGUAAUGUGAAUGAAAAGUUUCACCUAGAAAUGGUAACAUGGUGACCGAUGUGAACAGAUUCAUCAACAGGGAAGGGAAUUAGGGGGCUGUGAAGUGUAACUUGCCUGUAGACACUCUGAAAUCCAGCAGACCACACCAGUGCUUGGGAUCGGGUGAGGUGGUUCUGGGAAUGUCUUCCAGCGUGCUCCAUUCUGCACCCAUUGUUGCCUUCCCUUUUCCUCAAACUUAGCCUGAUUCUGUAACUGACCAGUUAACUUCAAUUCAACUUCUUGCCCCGAGGAGACUUCAUUUCAGUGUUUUUAAACCUUUUAUUGUAAAAGGAUUUAACUCAUUUAAAAAUUACUUUGAAUUUCUGCUAGGUUGGGUUAGAAUCGAUUCUACUUGGUGGACGCCACGCCCCCAGAUCUGAACAGAAUCCACCUUAUCUGUGAUUAAGAGUAAAAUGGGGACACGGUGUCUGUGAGACUUCGGUGUCCAACAGUACCCUUUGUCAGGCUGUAUUUUGCUGGUAGUUGGGGUCCUGAAUUUGAUCUUCACCUAAUCUUGUUU